AUGGAUGUGUUGCAAAGUAACAGAAACGUGGAUUCUGAGACAUUGGUACUGGACAUUUUCAAAGUGGGGAAGAAUAAACCAAAAACAAAUGACAUUUUCUACGAGAAAACUUUUUACGAUUACCUUGUUUUGUCAUUAAUGUGGCCUCAAACCAAUUGUUAUUUCUACAAUUCUAAAGAUGCAGAUAAUAAAUUGAACGUAAAUCUGUUAACGCAACUGAUUGAGAAAGAUUGCAGUGUAUGUGACAUGCCAUCAAACAUAUACAAAUGGACAAUUCACGGCUUGUGGCCAAGUAAUGAUGCACUGUUAGAGCGUGAAAAAAAAGGAAAGAUAUAUUCUUGCCACAGCGAACACAAUACAUACACGACAGAGUCUAUAUCGCAUUUAGCGGAGGAUUUACGUAUUAACUGGAUUUCUUACAAUAAUCAGCAUUCUAGCAACAAUCUGCAACGGCAUGAGUGGAAGAAGCACGGUACUUGUACGAAAAGGAUCCAAAUGGACCGUCCACAUAGUUUCUUUCAAGAGACCAUAAAACUUUACCAUCAUCACGAUCCUAGUAAUUUACUAGAAGAUUUACUAAAAGAAAAGAGAGACGGAGAUUCAUACCAAAUUGAAGAUUUACGCAAUGUUCUAAAACAAAAACUAGCUACUCCCAGAUUCAUAUGUAUGAAAACGACGGAAAGCAACGGACAGCAAAAUCAAUACCUGUUAGAGAUACGUAUAUGCCUGGACAAAAUUAAUCUACAACCAAUUGAUUGCAGUAACAUAGAUCGAAAUAGAUGUGAUGAUACGAAGCCUGUUAUCUAUCUGGCGAAUAAGAGACCUUGCCCUGGCAAAAAACAUAUACGUCCCAAAGUACAUGGGAAAUAAGAAAGUAUCUAAUGUAUUUACUUGCGUGAUUUUAAUUCGGUAACGA